AGAACUGGGGAAAGUGAAUGGUUCGGAAUGUAAGAAGCUAUAAUGGAGAAAAUGGCGCUAACAAUUUGGGCCAACUUAAUAUUUUCAUGGAAGCAUUUUUAUACGAAUAUUGGAUUCAGGAUUAGGAUAUCAUACUACGCUUGGCAUGUACAUCUCACUUCAAAUGGUCUCUGCAAGUCUCUGCAACUCACAGUCGUGAAUUGAAAGACGUCAGACACAGUUUACGUCAGUUCGACAAGAAUGAGAAUUUUCAACUUGUUCUACUUGUUACUUACCAUACUAGUGAUUUUUUCUGUUGUGAACGUUGCUGAGGGCGGAUUUGGUAAGAAACUCAAGAAAAAGCUCAAGAAGGUUGCAAAAAAAGUUUUCAAGUACAUUCCUGGUCACAAGAUUACGUAUACGAAAGAAUUUUGAGAAAUUGUAUUUAUUGACAGUGUCACUUUGUCAUACCAGCUUCCAAACAAUGUCAUUUAAUA